GAAACAAGAAAGAUAAAAAAUUUCUACAAAAAUCGGCUUUCUUCCAUAAAAAUUAUUAAUAUUUAGUAAAUUAAAAUUAUUUAUAAAGUUUUAUUAAUAAAAUUAAAAUUAUUGUUUAUUGCUCAAUUGUUUUUAAGGUGACUAAUCAAUUGUAAUCUUAUACAUUAAAAUAUCACUAUUAUUAAUACCAUUGUGUAGCGUUUAAUACUUUGGCUAAAGAGUAGAAAAGAAAAGAAAUUUUAAGUGAAAAUGUGGAAAGCCACUGCUGGUUUGCAAAUACAAAAUGCCGCUGAUGCUAAUGAUGAUGACUGGGAGACUGAUCCUGAUUUUGUUAACGAUGUCAGUGAACAGGAACAGAGAUGGGGUGCCAAAACCAUAGAGGGUAGUGGUCGUACGGGCGGAGCUAUAGAUAUGGAUAAACUGCGUUCCGAAACAGAAAAAGCAGAUCAAGAUAAAAAACGCAAGGAAAUUGAAGAAAUCAAUCCGGGCUAUGGUUAUGGUGGUAAAUUUGGUGUACAAACCGAUCGCAUGGACAAAUCGGCUGUGGGUCAUGACUACCAGGGCAAGGUAGAGAAACAUGCCUCACAAAAAGAUUAUGCCACUGGCUUUGGUGGUAAAUUUGGUGUUCAGUCUGAUCGUGUAGAUAAAUCUGCUGCCGGUUGGGAUCACAUAGAAAAGGUGGAGAAACAUGCCUCACAAAAAGAUUAUGCCACUGGAUUUGGUGGCAAAUUUGGUGUUCAAUCUGAUCGUGUAGACAAAUCUGCCGUUGGUUGGGAUCAUGUCGAAAAGGUUGAGAAACAUGAAUCACAAAAAGAUUAUUCUAAAGGCUUUGGUGGUAAAUUUGGUGUUCAGGAAGAUCGCAAAGAUAAAUCUGCUGUGGGUUGGGAUCAUAUUGAAGCACCACAGAAACAUGAAAGUCAAGUGGAUCAUAAAAUUGGUUUCGGCGGCAAGUUUGGUGUACAAAAAGAUCGUAUGGAUAAGUCGGCUGCCUCCUACGAUGAUGGUGGUAAACAACAAGUUGGCACAAAUUAUACAAAAACUAAACCAGUCAUUGAGGGUGUUAAACCCUCAAACCUACGAGCUAAAUUUGAAAAUUUAGCUAAAAACUCCGAAGAAGAAAGUCGCAAACGAGCUGAAGAACAAAAACGUUUACGCGAAGCUAAAGAUAAAAGAGACCGCGAAGAGGCGGCUAAGAAAACAGUGGUGGAGAAUAAACCACUACCAGCGGCCGAUGAAGCUAAACAACCGCCACCAAAGGGAGCACGUUCCCAUAUUGUGACUGGUCGUGAAGGUGGCAUAGGUAAUGCUAUAAGUGCAUUCAAUCAAAUGCAAUCACCCACUAAGGAGGAAACUACCGCUGUACGCAAAGAACCCAUACACAUUCCAAGAGAAGUUAAGAGCGAGGUAAAGACGGAAGUAGAACAAAUUGAAGAGAUUAAACAGCAGCCGCAACAACAUCAACCAGAAAUAGUGGCUGAAGUUAAGCAGGAAGUGCAACAAAAAGUUAUGGCUCCACCUCCUGAUCUAAUACCCUCUAUAGAAAUACAAACUGUGGCCACACCACCUGAAGUGCAAUCACCUGAACCACCUCAUACCACUGAAAAUGCUCAAGUCUCAACAGCUUCGCCAGCUGCAGCAGUGGUAGAUGAACCCGAGCCUUUAUAUCAAAAUCAAAGUGAAAUUCAACAACAUUCUGUUCCUAAAUCACCAGAACCUUCUAUACAAGAACCACAACAACAGCAACAAGCUCAACCUGUGUCUCAAACUGAAACUGCCGUUGCUCAGGAACCUGAACUCUAUGGAAAUUCUGAAAAUCUAGCCGAUUAUAUUGAAGAUACUCAUAUUCAUGCUAUUGCUUUGUAUGAUUAUCAAGCUAACGAUGACGAUGAAAUAUCCUUUGAUCCUGAUGACAUUAUUACGCAUAUUGAAAUGAUCGAUGAAGGCUGGUGGCGUGGCUUAUGUAAAAAUCGUUAUGGUCUCUUCCCGGCUAAUUAUGUGCAAGUUAUUAAUAAUCAAAAUUGAGUUCUUAUAGCUGAGCAAGACAACCUUCAUGCCCAACUCCAAUAACAACUAUUGAAGUUUUUUCUAAAUCAAAAUUUUGUUUAAGUAUUUUCUUUUCUUUAUUCUACUUUUCUAAACAACGAUAAUAUUGAUUUUCUUUUUCUGUUUACAAAUCAAGUCAAUUUACAUAUUAAAUGUAUGGGUAUUAAACAUUCUUUUUUUUUGUAUGUUUCAAACAUAUAUGUAUUUUUUACAAAUAUUUUAUUUUUAUAUUUACAAAUUUUUUUAUUUUUAUUAAAUGCAUUUUUGUCAACAUUUCAUUUAAACUAAAUUAAGCAUUUAACAUCUAAAAAAUAACAUUGUUAUAAUAAAAUCAUUACAAAUUUGAAAAAAAUUCAUAUUUAAAGACAAGGCAUACGUACACUACAAAAUUGUGUCAAAAACAAGUCAAUAGUUAAACAAAAAUCUAAACAAAAAUUAUUAAGAAAUUAUGCAGACUGUAUUAAAAGUUUUACUAAAUAAAAGUUGAACCUUAUU